AAAAACCACUAUUGGUGGUUCAGCUCAGAAUUUGCCUCAGAAUUCACACAAUCAAGCCUCUGUGCUCUACAACAGACCUCCUCCUUCCCCCACAGACUCACAGAAGCAGGAUGCGUUUGGUGGGGACUUUGGUUCUCUUUUUGGCCCUGCUGCAUCUUUCUGCCUCUCUGCUGUUGGGAGCCUUCAACAUCAGGUCAUUUGGAGACAAGAAGUCCUCCAACACAACUCUGAUGAACAUCAUUAGCACGAUUGUCCACCGCUAUGACAUCAUUCUGAUCCAGGAAGUCAGAGACUGCGAUCUGUCAGCAACCAAAAGACUCAUGCAGCAUAUCAACAACGCUUCACCUCAGUUCAGGUACAGCCACAUUGUCAGUGAGCCCCUGGGUCGCAGCUCCUAUAAGGAGAGAUACCUCUUCCUCUACAGGGAGCAGACGGUGUCCGUGGCUAAAAACUACACCUACGAUGACGGCUGUGAGCCCUGUGGGACAGACACCUUUAACAGAGAGCCCUUCGUCGUCAUGUUCUCCUCCAAAAAUACUGCUGUGAAGAACUUUGUUCUGAUCCCCCAGCACACAUCUCCAGACUUCGCAGUGAAGGAAGUGAACGCUCUCUACGAUGUGGUGGCAGAUGUUCGCACCCGCUGGAACACCAAUGACAUCGUGCUGCUGGGCGACUUCAACGCAGGAUGCAGUUAUGUGACGGGCUCAGAAUGGCAGCAGAUCCGCCUCUUCACCGACAAGAGUUUCCACUGGCUGAUCACCAACGAGGCCGACUCCACAGUGUCACACACUAAGUGCCCAUACGACAGGAUUGUGGUCACUACAGACAUGGUGAGUGGAGUGGUGCACGGCAGUGCUCGGGUCUACGACUACAUGAUGGACUUGAAUCUUAGCGAGAGUCUGGCAUUGGCAGUCAGUGACCAUUUCCCUGUGGAGAUGAAGCUGAUUGGCCAGGCUCCUGCUGCCUGAAUCAUGACCACCACAUCUGUUAAUCAGACCUCCUGGCUGAAUCUGUAUUAUGAUCAUUCAGUGGGGGAACUCUCCCCAACCACACAGCAAUGAAUGACAAGACUGAAAAAUAAACAAAUAUGCCAAAUUA